UCAAUUUCUCUUGGAAGGAAAAACAUGCCCGAUUAACUCUCUAUCCGUAUAGAUAUAUAUAAAGCACUGGAAUGUAAAACUUAGGGCAAGUCCUCAAAAUUCCGAAAUGGAAAGACUUUUUCUCCUAAGUGUCUUUCUUGGAUAUUUGGCGGCCGUAUAUGGCGUUGACGAGGAAGCAGUUACAAUUAGUUGUGGUGACACACAGUACGACCCAGUUAGUCAGUUAUGCUGCGAAGAUACCAUCCAAGAAAAAGAAGGUAUAAUGACUCGCUGUUGUAACAAACAGAGCUACGAUGCUACCCAAUUUAUGUGUUGCAAGCGCAAAGUCAGUGCUCGAAAUGGGACGUUGCCAAAAUGUUGCGGUGACAUAGGAUAUGACGCGGCAUAUUAUCUAUGCUGCAGAGGCAACGUGAUAAAGAAGUCUGGAGAGUUACCUCAAUGUUGCGGAAGAGAAGUCAUCGACGCGUCGAAACAGAUGUGCUGCAAAGGAACAGCCCAAGGAAAGGAAGGUAAACUACCAAGAUGCUGCGGUACUGAAGCUUUUGACGCAUCAAAACAGCUUUGUUGCGGCGGAAACUUACAAGGUAGAAUCAACUCGCACGUGAAGUGUUGCAGAAAUGAUAGCUAUAAUCCGUCAAAAGAGGUUUGUUGCAGAGGAGUAGUCAGCAAGAAGAGAGGAGACAAACCAAUGUGUUGUGGAGCCGAAGCUUAUGACGCAGUAAGACAAAUCUGCUGCAAAGGAAACCUUCACCCGAGAAAGGAUGGAGAUACCAAAUGCUGUGGAAAUGUUACAUACGCGCAAUGCAAGUUUAUGUGUUGUAAAGGAUUGGUGGAAAGGAAGAAAGGAUUGAUACCAAGAUGCUGUGGCCAGAAUGCGUAUGAUGCAGCAACCAAGUUGUGUUGUAAAGGUAAUGUUUUUAAAAAGAUUGGAACAAAGCCACGAUGCUGCAACGAUACGAUGAUAGAUGGUACUAAAAAGUUAUGCUGCCAGGGAACGGUUAAAACUAUGCUAGGGACAAAUAGCAAAUGCUGCGGCAGUAAAAGGGUUGAUUCUUUAACGCAGUUGUGCUGUAAUGGGACAGUUAAGAAUAAGAAAGGAGAAGCUCCUAAAUGCUGUGGUUCUAAAAUGUACGAUGCAACAACACAUACUUGUUGUUCAGGGAAAUUAUCCAAAGCCAACGGAGCGAAACCAAAAUGCUGUGGAACAAAAGCUUAUGAUAGCGUAUAUGAAUUGUGUUGCGAAGAGAAAGUUAGAAGCAAAAAGGGGGCGUUGUCUAAAUGUUGUGGUCGUGAUGCAUAUGAUGUGGCUCAUUUUCAGUGCUGUGAAGGUCGCGUUGAGAAGAGACAAGGCGCUAAACCAACGUGCUGCGGCAGGACCGCAUAUGACGAAGCACACUUCAUGUGCUGUAACAACAGACUAAGGAGCAUAAAAAAGUCGAUUGUCCCGAUGUGCUGUGAUAAAGUGCUUAUUGACCUGACGGAGUCUUUGUGCUGUGAAAACAUUACAGUUUCAAGAAAAACCAAUACGUCUGCUUGUUGCGGAGCUGAACAAUAUGAUACAAUCACUCAGAUAUGUUGUAACGGAAUAGUUAAUAAUCAGAUUGGUUCCAAACCACAGUGCUGUGGAUCAAAGUCCUACGACGCAGCUGCAGAGAUGUGUUGUUUGGGUCAAGUACAAAUGAGAUAUGGUAAAAGUCCUGAGUGUUGUGGAACUAUUUCGUAUGACGCAGUCAACUCCAUGUGUUGUGAUGGAACAGUUCAACCACGAUUCGGACUAGAACCCAUGUGCUGUGAGUUUAAAAGCUUCGACGCCGCAACUCAUAUGUGUUGUGUAGAUACCAUUCUUGCAAAGGACAGCCUAGUUAGUCCAUCUUGUUGUAGAAGGGAAAUUUAUGAUGCUGUAUCCUCAAUUUGCUGCCGAGGAGAUUUGUUCCCACGACGCGGGCUAGAACCGAAAUGUUGCGCGGACACUUCCUACGACAAUGCGUACUCUAUCUGUUGUUCAGGCUUCCUGUAUAACAGAACGGGCUUGGAUUCAGCGUGUUGUGAUGGAGAAUACUAUGAUAAAUCUACCCAUGUCUGCUGUAAUGGAAUGGUUAAGGAAAAUGUUGGCAUAAAUACAAAAUGUUGUGGACCGUAUCCUUAUAAUAACGAUAUGGAGCUGUGUUGCGAUGGUCGAGUACAACCUUUCGUGGGCUCGAACACAGGUUGUUGCGGAUGCAAGUCCUAUGAUGCGAAUAAGUUUAUGUGUUGCAGCGGUGUAGUCAAGGCUAAGGUGGGCGAAAUCCCAGAAUGUUGUGGAACACGAGCAUUUGAUGCAAAAUUGUUCGAGUGCUGUAACGGGAUACUGAAGAAAAGACCAGCAUAAAACAAAUUUUAACUAUUGUAAAGAAAUAAAUAACUCAAAUAAGUUGUAACUAUUUUAUUGCAAAUACAGGUAACAUUUCUAGAAGGUCGUUGCAUGAUAUAAUGUACAUGUGUAUUUACUGACAAGUACACAUAUUCUCAUUUAAACAGUAGAAAACUAAAGCAGUAUUUGAAAGACUUAUUUCAAAAAACAGUAAGAUUUGAUAUACUUAUAACAUCAAAUAACAAUUUAAUCGUUCCGUAUGUCUAUACAAUAAACGAAAUAAAAUGAUUUAAAAACUUCA